GAUCGUGUCAAAACAGAUGUCAUAGCUAUUGCACUAAAUAUUUUUAGAUAUUAGAAAUUAUUGAUGUAUUAAAGCUUUGCAGUGCAAUUGCGUAUGUGCGCAGAAGCCAACUAUGUUCGUAAGGCGAGUUCGAAAUGGCGUCCAAAGUUACGGUGCAUUCAAGUGCAUAGGAGUCGGGUCUCGAACUUUAUCUAGCAUUGAUAAUCUAGAUCACGUAGAAAGACUCGAUGGUUGUUUAUUGUCACUGCCGUCUAAAGCAAAGGUAGUAAUAUGUGGCGGAGGUGUCAUGGGAGCCGCAGUAGCUUAUCAUCUAUCCAAACGUGGAUGGGGAGAUCAAACUAUAGUCAUAGAAAAAGAAAAAGUCGGCACAGGGAGUAGGUGGUAUUCUUCAGGUCUGGUUGGUGCCUUUAAACCUUCUCUUGCUCAAGUGAAAAUUGCUCAGUCUUCUAUAAAAUUAUUGAAAGAUCUCGAAGCUCUAGGAAGACCUACUGGUUGGAAACAAUGUGGAUCUCUACUUCUAGCUAGAACAAGAGACAGAAUGACCGUCUACAGGAGAAUGAAAAGUCAAUCAGUUUCUUGGGGAAUUGAAUGUGAGCUCGUUAGCCCUAAAAGAUGUCAAGAGAUUUGGCCCAUGCUUAAUGUUGAAGAUAUACUUGGAGGGCUCUGGAUUCCUGGAGAUGGUGUCGGCGACCCGCAUUUCUUUUGCAUGUCUUUAAUGAGGGAAGCAGUAGCAAAUGGUGUUGGGGUCAUGGAAGAUUGUUCUAUAACUGCGGUACACUCAAAAGAAGGGAAAGUGUCGGGUGUAGAUACAACACACGGUUCAAUAGAAUGUCAAUACUUUGUUAACUGUGCUGGGUUUUGGGCGAGACAGAUCGGCCAGCUAGCUAAACCGCAAGUAAAGGUGCCGUUAUUGCCUUGUGAACAUUAUUAUUUGCAUACAAAACAUAUUGACAAUUUAGGUCCAAUGACUCCAGUUGUACGAGAUCCAGAUGGCUACAUAUACUUACGCGAAAGGGAUGGUUGUAUAUUAGCAGGUGGAUUUGAACCAAUAGCAAAACCUGUGUACGAGGAAGAAAUCAGAAAUGCAGAACAAAGAUGUAUUCCUGAAGAUUGGGACCACUUUCACAUAUUAUUGCAAGAGAUACUAAAAAGGGUACCAAGUCUAAGUCAGGCGGUUUUAAAUAAAUUGUGCAAUGGUCUUGAAGCUUUCUCACCAGAUUGCAAGUGGAUAGUAGGGGAAGCGCCAGAGAUGUUCAAUUACCACGUCGCCGCUGGUAUGAAAACAGUGGGAAUAUCGGCAGCGGGUGGGGUCGCUGAGGCCACAGUAGAUGAGAUCGUUGACGGUUACACAAAGUAUGAUAUGUAUGAAUUGGGUAUCAAUCGUUUUCUCGGUCUUCACAACAACAAACGAUUUCUAAGAGACAGGAUGAAGGAAGUACCCGGAGUGCAUUACGGCCUACCUUACCCUUUCUAUGAGUUUGAAAUGGGUCGCAAUCUACGGUUGUCUCCGAUAUAUCCGACUUUAAGGGACAACGGCGCUGUUUUUGGACAAGUUAUGGGCUAUGAGAGACCUACUUGGUUCGAGCCCGUCGAUAAAACCACCUCACCAGAAAAACCUCAGCCGUUUAAGAUAGCCUAUACAAAGACUUUUGGCAAACCGCAUUGGUUCGAAACUGUUCAAAGGGAAUACUGGGCGUGUAGAGAAUCAGUAGGCAUUGCAGAUUAUUCUUCAUUUACGAAAAUUGACCUCCAGUCACAAGGCACCGAGGUCGUAGAUUUACUACAAUAUUUAUGUUCUAACAACGUUGAUGUUCCCAUCGGGAGUAUCAUUCAUACAGGAAUGCAAAACGAACGUGGGGGUUACGAAAAUGAUUGUAGUCUUGCGAGAAUUUCAGAGAACCACUAUAUGAUGAUAGCACCAACGAUACAACAAACUCGGUGCAAAGUGUGGCUCAAGCGUCAUCUGCCAAGAAAUGGAUCAGUAACACUAUCAGAUGUUACUUCUAUGUAUACCGCCAUUUGUAUACUGGGACCGUUUACGCGUAGUCUUUUGUCUGAAUUGACGGAUACAGAUCUAUCUCCUUCAAACUUUCCAUUCUUCACAUUUAAGGAGUUAGAUGUCGGUUUGGCCAAUGGUAUCCGUGCUAUGAAUUUGACCCAUACUGGCGAACUGGGCUACGUUUUGUAUAUACCAAAUGAAUUCGCACUACACGUAUACAAUCGGUUAAUGACUGUUGGAGAAAAGUACGGUAUAAGUCACGUAGGUCACUACGCUACAAGAGCUCUUCGAGUCGAGAAAUUUUUUGCGUUUUGGGGACAAGACCUCGAUACUAUGACGACACCGCUUGAAUGCGGACGUACUUGGCGUGUUAAGUUUGAUAAAGAUAUACCAUUCAUCGGCCGUGAUGCGUUGCUACGUCAGCGUGAACAAGGGAUACGAAGACAGUACGUACAACUUCUCUUGACCGACCAUGAUCAUGAGCUGGACCAUUGGUCUUGGGGUGGUGAGCCAAUCUAUCGAGAUGGUAAUUAUUGUGGCCAAACAACUACCACAAGUUACGGGUUCACGCUAAAGAAACAGGUUUGUCUUGGUUUUGUUCAAAAUCUUGACAAAGACGGCACACCGCACAAAGUGAAUAAUGACUAUGUUUUAAGUGGUCAUUAUGAAAUCGAUAUAGCUGGAAUACGGUAUGCUGCCAAAGUUAAUCUUCACUCUCCAAACUUGCCGACAAAGUAUCCAGAUAAAGAGCGCGAUGUUUACCAGGCAACUAGAAAAUAUCAUGAAACCCAGAAAUUCCUUGGAAGACAUUAUCAACCUUAGUAUUUUAAGUUUAUCAUCUUUUUUUCCACAACAAAUAAUCUAAGCUUCAAAGAAAAUAAAAAAGAAAUGAGCAACGAUUAUUCAUUUUAAGAUAAAAUAGUAAAUAAAAAUAUUAUUAAAUAGAAACAUUUAUACAAAGGACGCAAAAAAUUAUAUGAUGUUUAUAAUCUCAAAUUCAGAAAAUUUGUUAAAGAUUAAUAAAAAUAGUAUUUUUCGUA